AUGAGCAUUAUCUCUGAGCAUGGUUUCCGUAUGGACGGAAGACGUCCAGCACAAAUUCGCAAUAUCAACACUCGUCUCGGUUUGAACAGGAAUGCGGAAGGUAGCUGUUAUCUUGAGCAUGGAAAUACGAAGGUUCUCUGUGCUGUGUAUGGUCCAUAUGAAAGUAAAGCGUCCAAGAGGUUGGAGGAUAGAUGUGCCAUUGUUUGUCAAUACAGUACCACAACAUUUUCGGGUCUUGAAAGGAAGAAUCGUCCACGCGGAGACCGAAAGUCAACAGAAAUUAGCAGACUGCUUGAGAAAGCUUUUGAAUCUGUUAUUCUAACGGAGUCAUUUCCAAGAUCACAAAUCGACAUUUUCUGUGAAGUUAUUCAAGGAGACGGUUCAAAUUUGGCAGCUUGUGUGAACGCUACUUCGUUGGCACUUGCUGAUGCAGGAAUCCCAAUGAAAGGUAUCGCUUCAGCAGCUACAUGUGGAAUUGUGGAAACAAAGCCCAUUGUUGAUCUCACCUCAAGAGAAGAAACGGAUCUGUUGCCCAGAGUCACACUUGCGACCAUUUGUGGCCGUGAUGAAGUUAUCCUGGUGGAGCUUCAAAACCGUCUUCACAUCGAUCAUCUCUCGGUCGUCAUGGACGCCGCAAAAGCAACAUGCGCUGACGUCUAUGAAUGUCUGGCUGUUGUUGCCCAGCAACAUCUAAAAGCUUGUGCUCCCAUUUUAGGAAAUUAG